GGAGCCUGAGUGAAAUCAGCCUCUGCAGGAUCCCGUCCACAGUCACAGGCGCCGGAUAGCAGCGCGCGAACACUCAGAGCAGGUGGAGCAGAGGUGAAGCCGCGGUGUCCACGGCUGCUCUCGGGGCAGCACUUGUUGAAUCUACACCUUGAGGCCCGGACAGAGCAGACUGGACAUGGUGAUGCCUCUGUAACAGAAACACAGUGAUGUUUUCCAGCAUGUCGGGGGGCAGCUCAUGAUGCCUCCAUCAACUCCCAGCAGAGCGCCGGAGACGCGGGCGGACAGAACAAGUUCCAGCGCUUUGACUCUUGAAAUGGUGCUGGUGCGCGUCCAUAAAGUGACUGUGGAUAUACGGGAGAUGAUUUUUCCCCUUCUUAUUCCAGCCACAGAGAAGAAGGUGGGACCCUGAUGCGGUCACCUGCAGGGCCAUGUCUUCUUAAUCCGUCAGACUGCCCAUUCCAGUCUUUGCAAGUGACCCAGCAACUUGAGUGAAGAUGAUCAAAACGGGGCCUCGGCCGACGACCACCCUGCCACCGGACACCAUGGACAUCAUCCGGAGCAAGACCCACACCCGCCGGGUGAGGCUCAACGUCGGGGGCCUCAUCCACGAGGUCCUGUGGAGGACGCUGGACAGGCUUCCCCGCACCAGAUUGGGCAAACUGAAAGACUGCAACACGCACGAAUCCAUUAUAGAGAUCUGCGACGACUACAGCUUGGACAACAUGGAGUUCUUCUUCGACCGACACCCAGGGGCCUUCACCUCCAUCCUCAACUUCUACCGUACAGGGAAGCUGCACAUGAUGGAGGAGAUGUGCGCCCUGUCCUUCAGCCAAGAGCUGGACUUCUGGGGUAUCGACGAGAUCUACCUGGAGUCCUGCUGCCAGGCCAGGUACCACCAGAAGAAGGAGCAGAUGAACGAGGAGCUCAAGAGAGAGGCUGAGAACAUGAGGGAUAGGGAGGGAGAGGAGUUUACCACCACGUGUUGUUCUGAGAAGAGGAAGAAACUCUGGGACCUCCUGGAGAAGCCGAGCUCAUCGUUCUCUGCUAAGAUCCUGGCAAUUAUCUCCAUCCUCUUCAUUGUGCUGUCCACCAUUGCCUUGUCUCUGAACACCCUUCCAGAGCUGCAGGACACAGAUGAAUUUGGUCAAUCCACAGACAACCCCCAACUGGCUCACGUGGAAGCUGUGUGUAUUGCCUGGUUCACCAUGGAGUACCUGCUCCGUUUCCUCUCCUCCCCCAGCAAGUGGAAGUUCUUUAAGGGUCCUCUGAAUGUUAUCGACCUUCUGGCCAUCCUGCCAUACUACGUCACCAUCUUUCUAACUGAAUCCAAUAAGAGUGUGCUGCAGUUUCAGAACGUGCGCCGCGUGGUUCAGAUUUUCCGGAUCAUGCGUAUCUUGCGUAUCCUGAAGCUGGCGCGUCACUCCACAGGUCUUCAGUCUCUGGGCUUCACUCUCAAGAGGAGCUAUAAUGAGCUGGGACUGCUAAUCCUUUUCUUGGCCAUGGGCAUCAUGAUCUUCUCCAGUCUGGUGUUCUUUGCAGAAAAGGAUGAAGAGGACACCAAGUUCAAAAGCAUUCCAGCUUCUUUCUGGUGGGCAACCAUCACUAUGACCACAGUAGGUUACGGAGAUAUCUAUCCAAAAACUUUACUGGGAAAAAUAGUUGGGGGCUUGUGUUGCAUCGCCGGAGUACUGGUCAUUGCCCUGCCUAUUCCCAUCAUUGUAAAUAACUUCUCUGAAUUCUACAAAGAGCAAAAGAGGCAGGAGAAAGCCAUCAAAAGAAGGGAGGCCCUGGAGCGGGCGAAGAGAAAUGGCAGCAUUAUCUCUAUGAACAUGAAAGACGCAUUUGGCCGCAGUGUAGAGCUCAUGGAUAUAAUGGUGGAAAAAUCGGAUGAAAAAAAGGAGAAGCUGCAUGAUAAUCAUGUGUCUCCUAGUGUUCAGAGAGGGACACCCAGACUCAAGGAUCAGAUGAGCCCCUGCAGCCCCAUAAAGACCCUUGAGUCAAGCUAUCAAGAGCAGGCCAAGCCCUCCAGCAGCCCUCAGCAUCUUAGUGUGCAGAAACUGGAGGAGAUGUACAACAAGAUGGCCAAGAAUCAGUCACAACCCGACUUCGACAGCAAGGACAAAGGGCCUCUGCCCAAAGCAGUUGGGCAGAGAACUGAAUUCGAGAUGGCAUGCAUCGCCACUGACGGCAUCUCAAGCACAGCAGAGGCAAUCACAGAUAUGAGGAGCAUUUCCAGCAUUGACAGCUUCAUCAGUUGCGCCACUGAUUUUCCUGAGAGCUCUCGCUUCAGCCACAGCUCAAACAGCAACGUGCCAGGGAAGGUCAGCACCAACCCCAGCCUGGAGCCCACUUUGGAGAUUGAGCAUGAAGGAUCUCAUGGCACCAGUACACCUCAGACAGGACAAGGCAAAAAGCCCAGCCAGUAUUCCGACAGCCCCAGGGGUCUACGAUUCAAAAACCCCCACAAAAGCCACUUGCUCAAGGUCAACUUCAGAGAGGGUGAGGACACAGGGACAGGGCCACUUUCAGACAGCUCGUCAGUCCAGAGCCCAGAAGUGUCCGUCUACACAACUGCCAGCAGCAGGACGCCCACCAAGAGCCCAGAGAAUUUACCAUCCAGCAUCUUCACCUUCCACGAUGCAUCCAUCAAUAAGUUCAUUGAUGCUGACACCGAUGAAGAGGAUCACCUGCGAGAUGGCUCGGGCACCAACACAUCCCAGAGACUACUGGAAAAAGCCAGCCCCAAGUUUGGCCAUCACUCGCUGGGUAACAGCACACUGCCGUUAGAGGGGCAGGAGAACCAUGUGGCUCAGGAACUACAGCCACUUCACGGAGAGAAGAGUCCCUCCAAUGCUUAAAGUUACGAUAAGUGAGAGACCACAGAGGAAACGAACAGGAGGGGAGGAAGCAGAGAAAAAAUGAAGCCCAGUGAACUUCCCCAAUAUCUGAAAAGCACUGAAAACAUUUGCAGGAACAUUUGAAGAACUGAAAUAUAAAUUACUUCUCAUGAAAGUAAUACUUGGAAGACGGGGGAGAUUUUUUGUGUUCUGCUCUCAAACUUUUACUGAUCAAGGACUCUUUGCUUAGCAGAGGAUUCUGAUCUAAUAGGUUUUAAAAAUGCCCAUAGGAAAGUUUGUACUAUUUAUACAUCUGUUUUAGCCAUGGUUUUAAACAAAGUAAAUACAACUAAGUUAUAUUAGAGUGCAGAAUAUUGUUUUUAUAACCAAAAACCUAUUUUCCUGAUAUCCUUGGAUAAAGCCACUAUAGCAAAGGCAGUCCGAUCAGUAGCAAACCACAGAGGGCAUUGAAACACAUUCAGCUGAGAUAAUAACAUUGUUUUAUGUAAAGGGAGAAGAUGCAUUUUUCUUAAGUUAUUGUUAUAUAUAUAUAAAAUUAUAAGACAUGUUUUGCUUCCUUCCACUUCCUCAGAACUGGCCUUAGUUCAAGUUGUCUCCCGUGUUUAAUCUUUGUGUUUGUAUGAGUUAGAAGCACAGACAGAGGCGAAGAGCGCAUUCGUCUUUCGUUGCGUGUGAACUCGAGGAGAAUCCAGUGUUUCAAACUGCUUUAGUUUCAACAGGAGUUUGGUGUCUUGCUCACUGAUAUUUUUUUACUGCACAGAAAACAUUAAGACAACACAGAGAGACACUGUGAGGCUGCAUCCCUCCAUUUCCUUCUUGUUGUGCCCGACUGCCGGCGAGCGAGAGCACCUUAACUUGAAAACAAUUUUUUUUGCAAACACAGGAAAAAAAGAAAAAAAGGUUGUUGUUUAUUCUUGUUUUGUUUACGUAUUCUCGUUUGGUUUUCUAAAUGUCUGUUUGUGUCCCUCAGAUUGGUUCGUUUUACAAAACAAAUCUGGAGAAAAUCAAAGUCUUGCGUUAUUUCAAAACUUUCACAAAGGUGUUUUCCUUCCUAUUGUAGCUGAUAACAAUAACUUUAUAUCCAAUACCAGAGCUCAUGAGUUCAUCCGGUGAGCAGGCAAGAGUGUGAAUAUUGUACAUGUAAAACAGCAAGAGUAGAAUAUUACAAAGUUACACAUUUAUUGUUCAAGGUAAAGAAUCAAAUUCAAUUAUAUUUUUAAGGUAUUUUAUAAAAGAAUGGACUUAGAUAAAAUAUAUUGUGCUAAUGUCAUAGAUUUACAAUUCCACUCUGUUCUGCAUUAUUCUGAUGGAGUUGCAUUUAUUACUAUACUACAGUAGAUGCAUUUGUAUUGUUUGCUACCGUCUCGCUGUUACUGUCUGUCCCUUUAACCUUUGUGCAAUGUGAAGAACCAAAGAAUUGUUCUUUCAGAUACAGAUGAUGAAGAGGUUUUACUGUUUUAUCUGAAGAUGUUAGAAAUGAAAGCAUUCCUUGUCGCAGCAGCCGAAUCUGACAUAUUUCAGGGAGCCGUACCUGCUCAUUCAGUACAAAGGUGUAGGAUGGAGAACACAGGACUGGCAUCUGAAGGAGAAAAGCUGUUGACGGAGGAGCAAAGACAGAAGAAGGCUAAUGCAGAAGGAACACAGCACUUUAUUUUACACCCGUUUAAAAAGCUAAUUUGAUUAUUUACACUCUGUGGUUCCCUGCAGGAUUUGCUCCAAGAAAUCCAGAACAUUAUGCUCGUUUGAGUUCACAUGAUAAGCCACCUUGAGGUUACAUAUACAGCAACGCCUCCACCCAAACAGCAUGGAGGUGCACUGUGUGUCCGCAGGUCACUUCAACUCAACCAAACGUCCUGCAUCCUGCUUUUCUGUGUGCACCGGAGUCCAAACAUGUGACCAAUCUCAGUGUUUUGUUUUAUUAUCUGGUGCUCUCAUGCUCUCUGUUGCAUUUAUCAUGCAAGCGUAGUUUUAUAACAUUGUCAACUUUACAACAUAUCAUGAAAGCAUGCUGCUGCAAAGCAGCUUUUCUUUUGUAGUAAAUUAUUAUGCUUAAAAUUAGUGCUCAGUUGUUGGUUGUUUGCAACAUUAGAUUAAUAAGAGUUAGUUAUUUCUGUGCCUUUGCUUUUAACUAACGCCUGCCCCCGCUCACUCACUGUCGCUGUCGUACGGAGCCUGAAUGACAAUUAAAUAAACUUUACAGCAAACAAACACACAGAGAAGAUGGUCGUCGUGCUGUCACACUUCCUCUGAUGUCUUUCCUCGUGCACUUGACACCUAAAUGCGUCGAGUAUUUACAGGGGAAAAAAGUCCCAAUCCACAAAAAAACAAACAGGUGCAGACUCACUCAGAAGAGUGAAUGGCCAUGGCGAUGCUUGAUAUGACUGGCUGUCUCACAUUUGAUGCAAACAACAUACUGUAAUUUGAAAAAGACUCAAAUAACACAUGGCAGACACUCAUAGGCUUUAUAUUCUGUUCACCUGUUCAUUCGUUGUUUCCCUCACCUGUGGCUUCAGUCUGAUGAAGGAUGAAUUAUUAAAGAAAUGAUGUAAGCAGAAAAGUAGAUUUUGGGGCCUUUCAUUCAUCAUUCCUUUAUUUCUCAAAGAAUCUGGCACACGUUGCAGCUAAUUAAAAGGGCGGAUAGGAGCCUGACCACUGCAGUGUACGUCUGAAACUAUGCUGUUCACUUCAGCUGCUGAGUCCCAGGGAGAGAGAGUGUGUGAAAUGUGAAUGGAAUAGGAAGAAGCAGUGUGUGGUAGAGGGAGCAGUGCAGCAGCGCUGUCAGCCUGAUUAAAACUGACAUUCCUAAUGAUGGCUGAGGCGUUCUGUUCCCUCGCCCCAUGUCCAACUUCAGCCUAAACACCUCUUUAACUCAGACAAGACCCUCAUCAAAAAAACUGACUGUGAGCUCUUCUUUCAUCGUUUGAGAGGGUGCAGCAUUCCAGAGGCGAGAGGGCUGCCAUGCUAUUCUGCAAAUGAGAAAUGAAAUUCAAGGAGCGUCCUCGAGCUUGAGAGUUUCGCAGAAAGUGACAAAGCAAAAAUGGCUGUUGGGUUGAGGAUGUGUUCAUUUCUGUGAUUCUAUAAAUAUUAUCUUGGCCAUCAAGCAAUGUCUGGGUCAGCAGGAAAAGCUCAGUUACAAUGCAAAGCAUUUGGUCAGAUGCUGUCACUGGAUCCCGAGGAACAAACUUGGCAAGAAAGAGUCUGGAGGCUUUAAGCAGACUACACAAACAGUCAGUGGUGUGAGGGAUUUGUUGCAGGCCGACGCUUAAUGCUGCAUAGUAAUGUGAGAAAAAUGUCAAACUGACAAAUCGUCAUAGGACUUUCACUACUGAAGGAGUAAGACACCGAGGAAAAAGAUUAGAUGGAUAAAAAACAAGAGGGAGUGUGGUUUUACACAACGAGGAGAGAAGAGUUAAUUAAUAUUCACCACACAACAGUCAGACAUGUGGAAAAUAUUGAGAAAUCUGUGGACUUGAGCCUCUAAUCACGUUGGAUUAACCAGUUACUCAAAACAAGCAAUAGUCUUUUGAAAUGGUUAAAGCUAUUUUGUCUGUCGGAUGAUGUCACCAAUGUCAAUGCUUUUUAUAUCUUUUCUUUCUUUCUCUUCUUUUCUCCUGAACUGCACUUUAUUUAUUUUCUUUAUUAAAUCCUCUGCAGUCUAGCAUCCAUGCAAAUAAACGCGUCAGCAUACAAGUGCAGACAUAGUGGUUCGAAUAACACAGUUUUCAAAAGCACAAGAUUAAAUGCUAUUAGAUAACCAUUUUUCUUUCAGCACAAUAAAACAUUGCACAAGAGGUUUAAGCCAAAUACAGACACAUCAUUUAAUUCUAAGACUCUUGCCCUUAUUCUUCUUGUUCUUCUUCAGGGAAUAAAUCAGCUCUGCUCAGAUCUCACUGGUCUGUGUGCUGCCCAUUACUGUGUCUGGGGGGAAAUGUCGGUUUUGUAAAGUUUCAUACUUUCUACCAGUCGACUUUGUAGGAUAUUAUCUUUGUGGUCCCCUGUUGUUCGACACAUGUAGCGCUAUUAAAAACUCUGUCACACUGAACUUGUAAAUAUCAUCUGAGAAGCUGAGCAAUUUUGAAGCAAUUUUACUGAUUGAUGCUUAAUAAAAGACAAUAAUCCAGA